AUGCCCACCCCUUCGAGCCACGACCGCAUCGCUGCAACCCCGUCGUCCCACACCUCAUGCCCCCCCGACGAUGACAGAUCGAGCUGGAGGAGUGUCGAGAUGGAUGAUACCCCAGAGGAAACAAUUCUAGCCGCAGCUGAAGUGCUUCAACAGCCGACCCCUCCUGCAUCGGGCUCUCGAGCCGCCGGUUCAACGGAAACGCGCAUCACUGAGCAACCAGAGGUUAAACGAAUGGACAUUGAGGAAGACAAUGUCGCCCACGACAUGCUAUCUCCCAUGAGUGCCGAGGCAGACAAACAAGAUGAUACCGAUAUACAUGCAUUGGCCAAUACCGAUCUUGGUUCACCAUCCAUGGGAUACGACUUCUCCAACAUUAGACUCAUACCAUCCUCCCCAUCCUCAUUUCUUCGCGCCGGUAGCAAAUUCCAUGGCACUCAGCAAUCCGAACGUCAAGUUUACGAUGUACAAGUCGAGAUCAAACACGUUGAUAUGCGCGAGUCGUUCCUCUGUGGCUAUCUUCGUAUCCAAGGAUUAACGGAAGACCACCCGACCCUCACGACCUACUUCGAAGGCGAAAUUAUUGGCUCCAAAUACACUUUCCUCACCCAGCACGAAGAUUGGGGCUCGAAUGAUAAGGUGGAUCUACAGCACUGGGCGAAGUUCACGGCCUUCAGACCAUUCCAGAAGGCGGCCAAGAAGGGUCAUUUCCAUAUCCCACACCUCGCACAACGAGAGAACAUAUUCAUGAGGUGGAAGGAGCACUUUUUAGUCCCUGACCACCGAGUAAGAACGAUUACUGGCGCCAGUUUCGAAGGGUUCUAUUAUAUCUGUUUCAAUCAGGUUCAAGGGACCAUUCCAACAGCUAGAGCUGAAACACGUCGAAGAUCGGGGAUGCUUUGCUGCGAUGGAAUUUCGAUGAGUAACGAAUGA